GGUCGGGACCCCUGGGGGGGUCAUGAGGGAGUGUCAUAGGGGUCGCCAAAGACCACCAGAAAAGAUAUUUCUGAUGGUCUUAGGAACCCCUUUGGCAGAGAAAGCUGAAAAUCUCUCCACCUGUUUGGCCCAGUUCUAUCGUUGGUGGGGUUCAAGGGGCGCAUUGAUUGUAGGGUAAACUAUAAAUCCUACAAGGUCUAUUUUUCCCAAACUCCAGGUCCAGUGAAUGAAAAUACAUCCAGCAUAUCAGAUAUUUACAAUUCGUAACAGUAGCAAAAUUAGAGUUAGGAAGUAGCAAUGAAAAUAAUUUUAUAGUUGGGGGUCACCACAACAUGAGGAACUGUAUUAAGGCCUUGCGGCAUUAGGAAGGUUGAGAACCACUGCACUAAGCAGCAUAAAUAGACAGUUGCCUCUGGCAGUGAUAUGCCUACCACCACCAUCCACUGCCACUCUUCCUGAAGCCUCUUGCUCUUUUGCUGUCAUGGAAGAGAGAGUGGCAUAUGUCAUACCACCUGCCCUGCUCUACCAACUGGCCUGCCUUACGGAUAGAUGCCUCCGUUUUUCUGCUGUUUAUCACAAUUCACUUAACAUUUUUAUUUCUUUUCAUACAUUGGCUUUUAGAACGAGCAGCCCUGUACUCGAACACAGCCACACUUGACAUUCAAAAACGAAUUCCUGGGCUUGUCCAGAUUAGUUUAAAGGAACAUGACUUCUCACAAUGUAGUUUUUGGGCCAUGCCAGCAGUUGUCACCUCCAUGUCUCCUGUUUUCUGUUAUUUUAAAAGAGCUAUUUGUAGUGAUUUUUUUUAAAGAAUUGCGACAUUCCUCUUUCAUUGAUGUGCUUAUAACACUGGAAAAAAAACAAAGUGUGAUAAAGGAGGUUUUUUAAAAAUCGUGUCGGAAGUGAAUUGAGAACAUACUGCAAGUCGCUUCUGGUGUGAGCGAAUCGGCUAUCUACAAAGACGUUGCCCAGGGGAUGCCCAGAUGUGUUACCAUCCUGCUGGGAGGCUUCUCUCAUGUCACCGCAUGACAGACAGGAGCUCACUCCGUCUUGCGGAUUCUAACCACCAACCUUCAGGUCAGCAGUUUAGCCGGCACAAGGGUUUAACCCAUUGCACUACCAGGGCCCUUGAUAAAGGAGCAAAGGGUGCCUUUUUUAUAUAUAAGUCUCAGAAUGAAAAAGAUAUUAUCUCAAGGGUAGGAAUAAAAUGUUGUAGCUGGUGCUUGAAAUGUCUAAAAAGAGACUGAGACACAGAAAUAUAACUUGGACAGUUUAAAAAAAUACAGAAACUACAGCAACAAAUCCUGUAAUCUCCCAACGCAUUUGUCCCAUUUGAAAGAGACCCCUCUUGCGGUGUAUGUGUGUGAUAUCUAAAUAUUGUAUUGGCCCAUGUUGAUUUUAUUUAUUAAAAUUCAGGGACAUUAUAUUUGAAAAUAGCCUAUUUUUCCCAUGUCGAGACACCAGACUGGUUACAUAGACCCAUGAGAUCUUUCUUCAUGGAUUUGUCUUUAAUGAGCAUUUCGGUCUGAUGUCUGUAGACAAAUUGGAAUAAAAAACUGAUGAAAAUGGUACCCAGCGUCAUACCAAUUAUUUGUCUUCCUGCUUCUGCCCUGGCCAAAAGAAUUAACAUAAACACCUUUCAGAAGCUUGAAUUUUAGUAAGAAAAUCAGCAACUAGAGAUAUUCAGUAAUACCCUUAGCUUUUUCUUUGCUUCUCUUUUACGUCAUUCAGAAUAGAAGGUACAGGCAGAAUAGAAGCAAUUUAUUCCUUGUUAAAGCUAUAAAGCCCAUUGUGUUGAUGCAUAAUUAUGGUACCAGGUGUAUGGGCACAUUGUUAAUGCCUGAUUCCAUUUCGAGAGAGAAGAGCUCAAUUGAAUUUUGAAAAAAAAAGGCUUUAAGGAUAGAUGGAAAUAGGCAACUGCAGCAUUUACACUUCAGUGUGUAGACCAGGGGUCCCCAAACUAAGGCCCGGGGGCCGGAUGCGGCCCAUUGAAGCCAUUUAUCCGACCCCCACGGCACAAGGGCAGAAGGGGGUUGGGCUAAACCCCCUUCUUACAACCCUUACAACCCUUCGUCUUCUUCUUCUUCUUCUUCUUAUUAUUAUUAUUAUUAUUAUUAUUAUUAUUAUUAUUAUUAUUACUAAAAUUGAGGCUGGGUGGCCAUCUGUCAGGGAUGCUUUGCUUGUGCUUUGGGUGCACAAAGGCAGAAGGGGGUUGGACUCAGUGGCCCAAGGGGUCUCUUUCAACCCUCUUUGUUGUUGUUGUUGUUGUUGUUGUUGUUGUUGUUAUUAACAUCAAGGCUGUAUUUGUUCCCGUUUUGUUUUGUUUUUUACUUCAAAAUGAGGCAUGUGCAGAGUGCAUAGGAAUUUGUUCAUAGUUUCUUUUUAAACUCUAGUCCGGCCCUCCAACGGUCUGAGGGACCGUGGACUGGCCCCCUGUUUAAAAAGUUUGGAGACCCCUGGUGUAGACAAAUAAGAGAGAAAAAGUGAAUUUUGUAAGGCCCCAUAUCCAUUGCAUGUAUCAUUCAUGGAUAUGAGGAUCAUAUGAUACAUAGCCCUGGUGGCACAGUGUGUUAAAGCGCUGAGCUGCUGAACUUGUGGACCAAAAGGUCCCAGGUUCAAAUCCCGGGAGCGGAAUGAGCGCCUGCUGUUAGCCCCAGCUCCUGCCAACCUAGCAGUUCGAAAACAUGCAAAUGUGAGUAGAUCAGUAGGUACCGCUCCGGCAGGAAGGUAACGGUGCUCCAUUCAUUCAUGCCAGCCACAUGACCUUGGAGGUGUCUAUGGACAACGCUGGCUCUUCAGCUUAGAAAUGGAGAUGAGCACCAACCCCCAGAGUCGAAUACGACUGGACUUAAUGUUAGGGGAAACCUUUACCUUACCUUAUGAUAUAUAGGUUUGAUUUAUGAAGUGUCCAUCUUCAAUACAUUAAUUAGGAGCCCCGGAGGUGCAAUGGGUUAAAUCCUUUUGCUGACCGACAGGUUGGCGGUUUGAAUCUGAGGAGAGUGGGUGAGCGCCUUCUGUCAGCUCCCUGUGCAGGGACAUGAGAGAAGCCUCCCACAGGGAUGGUAAAACAUCAAACACCUGGGCGUCCUUGGGCCAAUGUCCUUGCAGACUGCCAAUUCUCUCGCACCAGAAGCGACUUGCAGUUUCUCAAGUCACUCCUGACACAAAAAAGUACCUCAAAUAAUUCUUGAGAUGGACAGAAAACCCCAUAAAUCAAACCUAUAUACGGUCUGACCCCCAUAUCCAUGAAGGAUACAUUUAAUUAUUCCCUGGUCUAUUCCUGAAACUGUGAUAAUAGUGAAUACUAUAUUUUCUGGAGCCUCCGGUGGCUCAGGGUGUUAAAGCACUGAGCUGCUGAACUUGCAGACCGAAAGGUCCCAGGUUCAAUUCCUGGGAGCGGCUUGAGCGCCCGCUGUUAGUUCCAGCUCCUGCCAACCUAGCAGUUCGAAAACAUGCCAAUGUGAGUAGAUCAAUAGGUACCACUCCGGCGGGAAGGUAACGGCUUUCCAUGCAGUCAUGCCGGCCACAUGACCUUGGAGGUGUCUAUGGACAACGCCGGCUCUUCGGCUUAGAAAUGGAGAUGAGCACCAACCCCCAGAGUCAGACAUGACUGGACUUAACGUCAGGGAAAACCUAUAUUUUCUGGACUAGCUUUACACUGAUCUUACAAAACUAUCCUCUGGUUUGAAAAUACCAAAAAUGCAAUAUGGGAAGUAUUACUUAGUUUGGAAUCCUUACCCCAAAACCCAUCCAGGUAUGUAAGGUCUUCUAAUUGAUGAGAUUAGGCAGAAAAAGGAAGACUUGUUUCCCAGUGUAAUUGGGUGUUUGUUUGUUUUUUAAGGAAAAAAGGGAAUUGAAUCCUGACAAGAGACAGAGGUAGUCUCUCCAAACCUUCCUUUCUUUGCCUUCUUAAUGUCUCAUAUGUAAGCAUUGCCCCCUAAAGGAAUUAAUGUUCACUGCAACAAGAUGUUAUCUACAGUUAUUGUAUAGCUGGAAGCAUACUCAUUGAUCUCCAAUGUCCUCCUGUGUCACUUAUCACCGCAGUUCGCUGACACUUUUCACGCUUCAUCAGAUAACUUAAGAUGUACCACAUGAGGUCAUGGCUGAGAAUCAUGUGAUCCAAGCAUCCACAAAGCAAUUUUGUCUUCUUUCUUUUGCUCCUCACUCCACCUCCAAUUGGCCAAUCAAGAAAAAUACCCACUCUUUGAAGGCUCAAGAGCAGUAAUUUUUCUUUUAAGUAUGAUACAGAACCUUGGUUUAUUGCCAAGGGUGAGACCAUUGGGUUGCUGUAAGUUUCACGGGCUGUAUGGCCAUUCUCCAGAAGCAUUCUCUCCUGAUGUUUCACCCACAUCUAUGGCAGGCAUCCUCAGAGGUUGUGAGGUCUGUUGGAAACUAGGCAAGUUGGGUUUAUUUAUCUGGAAUGUCACAUUUAUUGUGCUUGAUAUUUUUUCAGAACCAGAAGGAGGUGAAUUGAUGUUUUGGGAGGUGAAGGUACAUCCAGUAAGUAGCAGGUUCCCAAGGGCCCUGGAAACUUGGCCCCUGGAGCUUGCAUUGGAAAAAGUGAGCCCGCCACCUUAGAUAUCUGCCAGAGGGCACAGCAAUUACCCCCCCUCCCCUAAAAAAAACCCAUCAAUCACAACCAACUCAGCCUCAUGCAUGGAUAUAUUUGAGCUGUAAAUGAAAAAUUAUGGCUGGAAUCCUGUGUCAGAUAUUUUGUUAAUGAAAUUAAGUAACAUUUCCUGUGACAGAAACCGCAUUCACUCAUGCUCCAAAAUGGAUCUCUCUCCCUCAAUACUAUAUCCCCCCCCCCCAAUUAAAUAGGGAAGCCACGUUCGUGGCAAUUGCGUCGCAUUCAUGAUUAAGUAGCAAUUGUGAAUAUGAAGUAAUUAUGGAUGAGUAAAGCUAGGCAACUGCUUUGUAUUCUCAAACACUAGUUAGUCAUGAUUGUAAUACUACGGGAACAAACAUAAUGACUCUCCAAUCUAUUUUAUUAGGCAUCAGAUGCAUGGGGAGAAGGCAUACAUUCACAGAAUUGGAUCUAGAGUGUGUUGGGGAUUGUGGAUGAUAGGUAGAAGCUCUUACAUGUGCCCAUGAACCCAGAGUCACCCUGCAGAAUGAUCCACCACUCAGGAUUGCAGAACAAAUAACACAGGAACUUUUACUAGGUCCAAGAGAUCAGGAGAACAAUGGUAUUUACAAUAGUCCCUCUGAUAGCUUACAGAAAUCAGCAGUCAUACGCCAUCCUUUCUUAGUCUAUACAUCUGCUUCAGUGAAGAUCAGCAGCAAACAAGGCCUCAGAAAUGGUCAGGCCUCUCUGAGUACAGAGCCAUCUUUCUUCCAGCCACUUUGUAGACUCCCAGAGAGAGACAGAGAGAGACAGAGAGAAACCAACCUGUUCAAACCGAUUCUCCAGCAGCAGGACAGCAACAGUUGCAAACUGAUUCCCAGGUCCUUGCAAACUCAGCCAAUCGGCUUCAUGCAUUUGAUUUUCCAGUUAAUCUAUAUAUAUAUAAAAGGGUAAUGAAAUUUCGGCCUAGGACAAAACAACAAAACUACACAUCCCAGAAAUACUAAACUUGGCACCACAACCCCUCAUCCAUGCUUCUACGUUCAUACAACAAAAAGAAAAUAAAAAUAAAGUCCUAAUUAGAGGGAGAGGAAUAAUUGUUUUUAUCCAAUUGCUGCCAGUUAGAAGGCUAAGCUCCGCCCACGUGGUCUCCUAGCAGCCCAAUCAGCUCAGGGGACAGGCAGAGUUAGGCCUCACUUAGGCCUCUUCCACACUGCCUAUAAAAUAUAGAUUAUCUGAUUUUAACUGGAUUAUAUGGCAGUGUAGACUCAAGGCCCUUCCACACAGCUAUAUAACCCAUAUAUAAUGGACUUAAUGUCAGGGGAAAACCUUUACCCUUUACCUUAAUUACCACCAAUUCCUCAAUACUUUAUUUCACAUACCACCAUACUUCGCCACAGCAAUGCAUGGCCGGGCACAGCUAGUAUACAUAUAAGUAUCUUUGCAAACCAUGACAUAAUGCAACUAGGUUGGCAGAAGCUGACUUCUUCAGUCCCUCUGCUUCUUGACCCUUUGGUCCUCUGCAAAUGAUACAGAGGGGAUAUGGGAGCCUUGCUGGAUGGAGUAGGUCUCCAAAUUUUAAGUGUUUGAUGAUGAGAGUGUUUCCAUCAAAAGAAGGCAGAUCUCGGCUCUGAGAUGUAUUUGCAGUUAAGGACUUUUUCAAACUAUUUCUAUGGAAGAAGUGGCAGACCAUUUGUACGAAAGAGAUGUACCCUAUCUUUGUUUGCAGUGAUUGCUUACCUUUUUCAGGCACUAAUGCUGGUCCUUCUGUUAGGGAGAGGAAAGGAACCAUCAAAAGCAAAGAUAAGGCACACUCUUAUGCCAUUUGCUACUUCUUUCAUAGCUAUCUUCAAAAAAUGAACAAUCACAAAGAUGAAAGCAGCAGAUUCAGACAAGAUGAGUGACAAAGGUGGGAGACGAAAUCUAGUGAGACAAGAUAUAUCAGGAAGUAGUGUCAAGGAUCAUGCAUCAGGCCAUGGAGGUCUUCCAAAAUAACUUACCUUAGAACCAGGCACAAGCCAGAAGCUGAUGUCGGGACCAGAGAAAGGACAAUCAAUAUAGUGAUUGACAAAUUUGGCAAAUGAUUUUGAAAUCAAGAAGGGUUCUCCUUCCAGAGAGUGAUAAAUCUGCCCUUCCACUUUUUCCUACAUGUAUACUUUUUGAAUUUCAAAACUGUGAAAAUAUUUGUGAAUAUUGGUAAGUUCACAUCCAAAUCAAAACAAGAAAAGACCCUGCUGUCUUCACUGACUAAUUUCAACAGAUACAGCUAUUCCCAGCAUAGAAAGGACCAUAUUGUACCUGUCUGCCAUGCACCUCUUAAAAAUGAGCAAUCUGACAGGGAAAAAGAAAAAAGGUGGCAGCUCUAAUUCAGCCCGUCAAACAUGAAUAAAUACAGUGGGAUGCGAACACAUUCUUUCAGAAGUUAAUUACUCAAAGUCCUCUGCCGAGGUAGAUGAAAUCUGCCCACUUCAGUUUACAGGCAUACCUCCGUUAACAAAGAAGCUCCUUUUUACAAUCUUUUUACAGACUGCCAAAUCCCCUUUUCUUUCUUUCUUUGUAUAUUUAGUUUUGGAAGGAUGGUGAAGAAUGGCUGCAGAAACACACACUUUUCAGUGUUGGGUUGCAGCAGUGUGUUUACAGUAAACAAUAUAAUAGCUGAUCUUGCUAUAUGUGUCCGUCUACAACAGGUGAGGUAUAUAGCAUUUGCCUCCAAAAUCCCCUACUGAGUGUAUGCGAGAAAAGGGAAAAGAAGUUACACUUGCUGCACCAGCUCAGCCAAGAAUGGAUCAAUAAAUGGUCACCAAAACCAGAAGGAAAGUGGAGAUUGAUGACAAAAGAGAAAUUAUCUCUGGAGGCAUUUUGAACACAGUAUUUACAUGCUCUCUAUAAGGUUCAAAAGGUUUUUCUUUACUUGCGAAAUCAACCAGAUCAGGUAAGCUUUGUACACGUACCUAUGAAUAGUUCUAUGUAAAAGUUCACUGAAACAUGAUGAACUGCUCCAAAAUUUUUGUGGUCCAGGAACCUAUCCCUAUACUUUCUACGUUACUUUAGUAUCUGGUACCAAAUUUUCUAUUACAAAAGAAAUGCUCAGGAAAUCUACUUCAUCACUUAGAAUCAUGGAAUCAUAUAGUUGAAAGAGACCCCACAGGCCAUCCAAACAUACCCUCUGACAUGCAGGAAUAUACAGUCAAAGUACUCCUGACAGAUGGCUACCCAGACUCUUUUUAAUAAUCUCCAGAGAAGGAGACUCCAUCAUACUCUGAGGCAGCAUAUUCCACUAAUGAACAGCUCUUACCGUGAAGACCCGAGGAACACUUGUAUUUGACCUUUUUUUUCAAAUCCUUAAGAUUUUUUGUUACACAUUUGUGAGGCACUUUGCAGCUUCCUAUCAGAUAUUUGAUGCUAGGAGCCCCCGGUGGUGCAGUGGGUUAAACCGUUGAGCUGCUGAACUUGCUGACCGAAAGGUCGGUAGUUUGAAUCUGAGGAGCGGGGUGAGCUCCCACUGUUAGCCCCAGCUUCUGCCAACCUAGCAGUUCGAAAACAUGCAAAUGUGAAUUGAUCAAUAAGCACCACUCCGGCAGGAAGGUAACGGCACUCCAUGCAGUCAUGCUGGCCACAUGACCUUGGAGGUGUCUAUGGGCAAUAGCGGCUCUUUGGCUUAGAAAUGGAGAUGAGCACCAACCUCCAGGGUUGGACACGACUGGACUUAAUGUUGGGGGGCAACCUUUACCUUUAUAUCAGAUGUUUGAAAGGGCUUUUUUAAAAAAUCAAAAGACAUACCAAACUAAAUUCUCACCCUUUCCAAAUUUUGCAUUGGAGGAAAAGAGCCUAAGUGCAGUCACUGAAGGUGAGAACAGAGGGGCUUCAAGGAGUUGAGGGCCUUUUUACAUGACACUGCUAUAUAUACAACUUAUACACAAAGUCUGAAUAUAGUUUUGUACAAUAUUUUAAAUAAUUGGGUGCAUGAAACCAGUUCAUGUGCAUUGAACCACCAGAAAGCAAAGGUGUCACUAUCUCAGCUUUUCAUGUGGAUGAUUUUGUAAUAUUUUGGAUUUCUGGAUUAGGGAUACUCAGCCUGUGUUAACCAGGCUUCACCUUGCUUAGCAUGCCAAGAUCAGAAAAGGUCCAGUACACUUGGGGUAUUUAAACAUUUAGGUGUUCUUCUCUACUUCAUUAAUUUUUCAUUGCCUAGCAUCCUAUUGCUGCCGGUUUUCCCAGCUUCUUGCCAGGGCAUCAAGAGAUGGGGGCAAGGAGGCCUGGAGCUUAGGGAAAAGCUGUGAGGUCCAGCUAAUCUGCCCGGCUCCUUUGUGACACUGAUAAAUGGGACAUCAUAAACUGAACGAAGCACCAUUGGGGCUGGAUUAAUCUCCUGCCCGCUUCUCGACAACAGGCCCCAUCUCGGUUCCAACUCAUUCAACAUUACAAGGACAUUUUUCUCUGUCUUUAGUAGACAUUUCAUUUUCCGAGAAGAUAAAGUAACUCUCCAGGCAAGUUACAAGCCAGUUUGCUUCAGUUCCAGGAGCUCUGGGGCAGGAAAAGGAAUUAAUUUACUCUUUGCAGAGCUUCCCUGUUGAUUUAGCCUUUUUCAGACCCAAUAGCAACAGGAGAGCGAUCCCCUCCCCUGUGGUGGUGCGGGAAUACUUUGGCAUAACCAGGUGGGAUCCUGGGAACCUCUGCAUUAAUAUUAUGACAAUAUUAUGACUAGUAGGGGUUGUAAUGGGAAGGGUACCAAGUAGUGCAAAGUCAUUACCUUGAACUUCAUUUACCAUCCCAACCCAGGCCAAGCCCUGCUCGUGCUAACUUCUAUAGCUCCAUCCUAUGGAAUUUGGAGAUGUGGAGUUUGAUAUUUAGAAUUUUCCCCCAGAGAGCUCACGUGUUGCAUGAAACUACAAAUCCAAGGAUUACAUGAGAUGCAGCUGUGUCAAUUAAAGUGCAAUCAUAGUAAUAUAAUUGUGUUGUGCAAAAGGGAUUCAACUGAGGUAGACUAGGUUUGACCCAGAGCUCAGAAAAAGUUAAUUUUGGGACCACAUCUCCUAGAUCUACUCAUUUCAUUCAAUGGACACUUUAGUUGGGGGUAUUGUUGGAGCUGUGGUCCAAAAUUAAAUUUUCCAAGUGCCAGAUUGAUCUGGUAAAUGGGAGCUUUCAAUACUAUAGCAACAGAGGAGAAAUGCUUCUCCUUUGUAAAUUUGUCCAACCCUGUUUUAAGGAUUUAACAAGUAUCUACCACAUCUUGAUCCAAUUAAUUUAUCACAUUAAUUAUGCAUUGUGCAAAUAUGUGUGUGUCAUGAAUUCACUGUUAGGGUUGCGAGAGUGCAAACAGGAGAGGGCUCUUGUGCCUUUACUAGUUGUGCAGAAAACAGAAUUUCAGCAGGUGCUACUUGUCAUGCAACCAAGUAACAAACAACACUUGCUGAAAUUCCUUAUUCUAAAUAACCUUUAAACGUACAGGAAUCCACUUUCCAAUUUGGCAAUCCUAUAUGUGAUAAUACUCAUUUGCACAUGGUGACCUCAGGCAUUAAUAUUAUGACAGUAAGAGAUAAAUAACCCUCUCUUUCUGCCUUCCCAAUAUCUUUUCUCUUGGGUUGUCAAGUACAAGUGUGAAGUCCCGAAAUGUUACUCUUUGGGUGUGUUUGAAAGACAAUCACAUGGAGAUGUCAGUCUGGAAUUAAAAGACAACUCAAGUGGAAAGCUAACAGUGCCUCCUGGUGGCACAAAAAGUAUGUAAUGACAGCUUUUACUUUGGGUUAUCAGCAUAAAAUAGCAAAUACUUGGAAUGAUUACAGAAAAAAGUCAAGGAAGAAAGUGCAAAGGCAGGUUUACAGCUUAAUGUUAAUAAAACAAAAAUAAUGACCACAGAUGGUUUACAUUACAGUAGAGUUCCAGUUAUCCGAGAUAAACGGGCGGGCCGAAUGUUGGAUAACCGAAACUGUUGGAUAAUAGGGAGGCCCAAUUAUCCCACCUCGCAAGCCAGGUGCCUCCCUUCAGCAAGUGCCCAGGUUAGAGAAGCCCAGGCCAUGCUGAUGCCUAGCAACACGGCCUAGGCUUCUCCAAAGUGCUGGGUGCUUGCUGAAGGGAAAAGGCUCUUCCCUUCGGCAAGCACCCGGUUUAGGGAAGCCCAGUGCGUGUUGCUAAGCAUUUUAGGCAUUUAAGCUAUUGUACUCUAGAGGAGAGGUGCUCAAAUGCUUUCUCUGCCGGGCCUGCAUGCCACAUGCACUCUCUUUCCAAGGCAUUUAAAGGAGGCAAGCAAGUUCAUAAAGCUGUUUCUUACUCUAGAGGAAAUGCACGCAUGCCAGCAGCCAUGCACUCUUUCCACUCCAAGGCAUUUAAAGGAGGCAUGCAAGUUCUUAAUGCUGUUUUUUACUCUAGAGGAGGCGCUCGGCUGCAGGCAGAUGCAUGCGCACACCAGCAGCCACUCACUCUUCCAAAGCAUUUUAAGAAAGCUUCCCAAGUUCCCACUUCCAGGUAAGGAAGAGCAAUGACUCCUUGGAAGAGAAGUAGCUGGUAAUCGUUUCCAGGGAAUGAGGGUUUUCUUUUUGUUUGCUGAAGGAUUAAUUAAAAAGAUUAAACUGUGAUGCCGAAAAGCAGGUGAGGAGAUGGGAUCAGCUCCCGCUUGCUUUCAUGUCAAACCGAUUUGUAUAGGGGGAGGGGCCUUCCUGUUAUGAGCUCUCAAAGGAACGAAAGUAACAAAAGAACGGAUGAAAUGGAGGGAAGCGGUUUCUGCGCACAACUCUAGUUCACACCACCAUGUUUUUCUGGAUAGUGAAGAAGGUUGAUAGGAAGAAAAUUGACUCAUUUGGCAUUUAUUCUGCGGAUACAGAUAGCGAAAAAGACAAAUAAAUGAAUCCUAAAGGAAAUCAAGUCUGAACUCUCCCUAGAAACUGAAAUCCCUAGAAACUGAAAUGACUACGUUUAGACUGUAGUACUUUGACUACAUCAUGAGAAGCUAUGACUCACCAGAAAGGACAUUAAUGCUUGGUAAGAUAAGAAAGCAAUAGGAAAAGGUGGAUUCGAGAUUGAUAGGCUCAAUCAACAAAGUCUGCAAGACCUGUGCAGGGCUGUUGAGGAUAGGAUGACUUGGAAGAUUCUCAUUCAUAGAGUCGACAUGAUGGAGUUAACAACAAAUUUAUAUCUGCUUUCCUAUUGUUCCUGCAGAGUUAUUUUGCCAGGAGAAUCUGCAGAACACCUGUCACUUGCUACAUGGUUCACUUCUUCAGCUAGAAAUGAGUGAUUAUAAAAAGUCUUGCAACUGAACAACACAAUGCAUCUAGCUUUGGCUGUUGGGCAGAGCUUGGGUAGGUUAUUUUCUGUAGUACAUCUCUCAGAAUUUCCCAUGAUUGGGAGAUUCUGGGAAUGGUUCUCUAAAAAUUUAAUGUUUCUGAACUACGGUAUGUUGUACAUUACCUUUCAACCACUUUCAUUAUGUUCUGAUCUAAGAACAAUCACAGGAGUCGAGGGGGGUAUCCUUGGUUCUAAUGACUCCAUUUCCCCCACCUUAGCAGCAGCAGCAGCAACAACAGUAACAAUGACAACGACAACAACAGAAAUAAUUAAAAAAUGUUUUUUUUUAUUAUUGCAGCUGUGGACAAGUCUACAUAGGGACCACCAAACACAGCACCCAAACACGAAUCAAGGAACAUGAAAGGCACUGCAGACUGAUUCAGAGAAGUCAUCCAUAGCAAAGAACUUGAUAAACCAACCUGGACACAGCAUAUUAUAGUAUUUGAGAUCACAGAAAUGCUGGACCACUCUAACAACCACCAUGUCAGACUACACAGAGGAGCCACUGGAAUCCACAAGCAUGUGGACAAUUUCAACAGAAAGGAGGAAACCAUGAAAAUGAAUAAAAUCUGGCUACCAGUAUUUAAAAAACCAGUAAAUAAAGAACAACACUCAGAAAACAGGGGAAUUCCAGAUGAGAAACAAUCAGGGCUAACUAAGACCUCACAACAAAAGUUUCCCCCAGGCAGGAAGCAGCCAGGCUUUGAAACUGCAAGGCUAUUCAAUGCUAAUCAAGGUGGCCAGUUGCAACAUUCACACUUGCCUCAAGCAGACAAGAGUUAUUUCUCCCACCCUGGAUAUUUCACAAAUAUAUAAACCCCAUUUGCCUAGUUUACAACUGACCUCACAAUCUCUAAGGAUUCCUGCCAUAGAUGUGGGUGAAACGUCAGGAGAGAAUGCUUUUGGAACAUGACCAUACAGCCCAGAAAACUCACAGCAACUCAAAAUGUUGUUUGUUACCUGCCUCCCCUUACGGCAAAUUUGGGUACAACACAGUUCAAAACAUUGUCAUAAAAUACAUAUCAUAAAACACAUGUAUUGAUACACAUGACCACGAAAUACAUGUAUUAAAAUACUGCUCCUCACAUGAGUGGCUAUGUUGAAUAAAGCUGCUGGGAGUUAUAGUCUAGUAACAUCUGGAAAACUACAAUAUCUAUCCCAGGCUUUGAAGGAAUGGCAGCCAGUUUCUAGAUUUCAUUUGAAUUUAACCCUUUUCUCUUUCCUCUCCCCUCAUAAACACACAUUGUUUUCCCAAUCUAAGCUAUUGCUGAAGCUAUAGCCAACAGUGAUAAGAAAAAGGUGCAAUAGUUUAACAUCUUUCUCUCAGUGCUCCUAAUGCUAUGAUCAAAAUCCCUUUCAAAAAGUUGUUUGUUUUAAGCAUCUUUAAAAGCGAAUUUCUAUUGACCUAAGCACUCAUCUUCUUGUUUUUAUGUGAACCUUAAAUCUCCUGCCAAUCCUCUACAUGAGACAAUAUCACAGAAAUAAACAGAGAUACCAAUAAUCCUGCCCUUAGGAGAAUCUGAUCCAGGCAUAUCUGAAUCAAAGGAAAGCCAGAAGAGGAGGGGGGAGGCUGGCAGAUAUUUCUCCAGCACUGCUCCUGCAAGACAAUUUAGACACCCUAGUCCUUCUUCCAAUAGCUGUUUUCCAUAAUUUAAAAUUUAAAUGAUCGAGCGAGUCAUUCAGAGAGCUUCCAAACCAAACAUACACGUAUAGCUCUAAGCUAGUGGUGGCUAGCUGUGUUGGAGUCCAGCAUUGACCCCCUCAGUCUUCUGGGCCCCACAACCAACUCCAUUGAGAUUUGGCAAUUAAUCCAACCCAAAAUUCUCAGGAACAGCAAAUAUAUCACUUUUACUAGGACCAACUGAAGUUCAAACAAGUAACUUUUAUGAGUUCUGAUCAAGCAACAAACUUUAAAAUUACAUUAAAAUUUCUUGUAAGCUGGAUAUCUUUGAUUUGCUUUUUAAAUAAAUUAUAAUUUAAUAUGAGAAGCGGAGAAUGAGAUGUUCUGAGAGAAGAUUUGAUGUUGAGCUCCAUCUGUUAAUUGGUUUGGGAUUUAAUUUGUAAUUAAUAAGUAAUAUACACAGCUCUACUCUUGGUACAGUCUGCUCCCAAAAUAAUCUGCGAAGUCAAGCUGAGAAACCAUGACCUAAAGCGAACCAAUGAGACUGAAAGCCACCCAGGGAGGGCUAGAGCUUGGAACUCACAAAUCUCAAUCGGACAACAGUCCAACACCACCACUAAUCCUUGGUUAGACUGCACCUUCCUGAUCUUUUUGCUGUGUCGCAGUUUCUCCCUCCAAUUCCCAAUUUCCUCUGUCCUUGGUUUGCUUUAAUUGCUGCAAGUUGAGUUCAAACUACAAAAAAAUCACUCAGUUAACUCAGCAGGAGGGAGAGGAGAAGGAUUAAUCUUUACUUUCUCACUAGAGACUUUAUUGCACAGACGUAGCUAACUCACAUAGAAUGAUGCCACAUUAUAUCUGAUGUAGGCCUUUCACUUCUCUGCAAUAAAGCCAUUGACCGACAAAAUCCAUCAAUAGCCACUGAUCGUAACGUGGUCCCAAGACUUACCUAGUACAAUGAUCCCCAGCAUUUCUGUGGCAGUAUACGGGUGAUUGUCAUUUUCUCACUCUCUCUCUUUUCUGUUAAAGGAAACAUUGUAUUUAUUUAUCUAUUUAUGGCUUUCGUUUUGCGCAAUUGCAGUGUCUUUAAAAAUUUGUAAAAAAGCAGAAAAAGAGGCACAGUGGGAGGACAGUUACAGCUUUCAUCUGGAAGCGCAACCUCAAAGCCUCACACUGCAAAAUUGUCAUAAUUGCACAAUGCUAACAACAAUGUGAUAAUGAGGAUUCAUGCUGACAACUUGCCACUAUCCCUGAUCACACGGGAUAGUUGCAUCAUGUGAGAAAGUCUUGGGAUCAGGCAAAAACAAAAAGCAAGCUCUUGCAGCAGUCUCUUCUAGCUUUGCAACAGAGCAGCCUGCGCUAUGUGACUCCAAACUGUUUCUAGAAAUAAGCAAAAAGGGGAAAACAUCCUUUUAAAAAAGCACGAGAAGAGGAAAGCCCUAAGAGUUAAGAGGUGCUUUCCUUGAAGGGGUCCCCUUUGAAUUACAGCCCUCUCCAAACUGUGCACCAGAUUGUCUCAUGCAUUCUCACAAACUAGAAGAUAUCCCUGCUCUCAUUUUCCAAAAAACAGGGUCAAAACUACAGAAACAUUCCUGAUUAGAAAAAAAAUUCUCUUCCAUUCUGAUUCUUUUAUAUUUUUGAGAUUUGAAUAUAUCUUCUAUUUUAACUCUUAAUUUUACAGACGCCCUUCCUUUCAAUGUACUAAUCCUCUCUGAGAGUUUGUAUGGGUGGGGGGAGAUCUUCCUCAUCAGUAACUUUUGCUAUCUUGAGCACACUCUGAUGUUGCUUGGCCACACAUAUCCCAAUUUUCAUUGGUGAAACACUGGAGGGUCUGUUGUUUCUCCAAUUGUAUAAUGGCAGUGACAGAAAAAGUUCCUUGAAGAUUAUUAGGACACAGGCAUCCAGGUUGUUGGGUCCCCCUCAGUAUCCGCAGACUCCUCUUUUGUGUAUAAUGUAAAAUAAUACGUUUCAUAUAAAACUUUGGAGCACAAAGCCAUCCAGUAAGACCCUUGUGACCUUUCGUCAGCACCCCUUGACCUGAAUUCAUUCCAGCUUUUUGCUGGUCAUCACCUAAUUACAAAAGACUCAAUCACCCAUUCCCUUUGGCCCAUAGAGCGGGCUGUGCAAAAGACAACAGGACUUGGGGUUGGACCGCCUGUUCUUUGUACAGCCACAUGAACAUAUGAAAAGACAUUUAUCACCUGGCAUUUCCUUCCCUGAUGUUGGGGUGACUUGCCCUGCUUUCCACAAUGACAUUUCACCUCUUCCCAGAAACAUAUCCUGUAAUUUAUUUAUGUAUCUAUUUACAGUAUUUAUAUUCCGCCUUUCUCACCCUGAAGGGGACUCAGGGCGGAUCACAAUGUACAUAUACAUGGCAAACAUUCAAUGCCAUUUGACAUACAGAUAGAAACAGAAACAAAGGCACAGAGGCAAUUUAACAUUUUCCAGCUUCCGGCUUUAUGAGGGUAUGCUUGAUUCCGUCCACAGGAAGCUGCUGCGUCAUCAUCCACUGUGACACCAAGUCUUUGAUGGAUUACUUCCUUAAUCUUCCACACGCUGCUGGGCAAUUUUUAUGGUGUCACAAAUGAGUUAAAUUAGCCUCCCCACAUAAGCAGUACCUAAUUUUCCUACUUGAUAGAUGCAACUAUCUUUCAGGUUGCUUAGGUCAACAAUGAGCUAGGCUAUUAUUAAUGAUUGAGCGCUCAAUCCCACUCAGGCUGGCUUCAAACUCAUGACCUCCUAGUCAGUAGUGAUUUAUUGCAGCUGGCUACUAACCAGCUGUGCUACAGCCCGGCCCUAUUCAUAAGCAGCAAUGAAUAGUGGGAUCUGAGCGAAACCUGAAGUGCGGAUACUGAAUCCCGGUAAGCAGGUGGCAAGUAUCAACAGUGGGUCGCCUGUGGAUCCUGGGUACCCAUGGGGGAGAUGGGUGACUAAGGGGUUAGUUGGGAUGCAGGAAUGUGGUAGUAUGGAGGGAGGGAGGAAGGUCCGUUGCUAGGGCUGUGAGGGCCAUGAGGUUACCGGGACCGGGCACUGAAGGUGAAGAGGGAAGUGAAAAGUCACAAAAGUCAAAGAAGAUACAUAGAGUCAGAUGCAGAGGGCAACACACUGAAGUGCACAUUUAUUAAAAGGUAACUUUGUGAUAUAAUAAUAAUAAUAUAAAGGAGAAAGAUUAUAGCAAAAUCUAUUGCUGGUGGCUGCUGCCAGGCUCCUCCAAUCCUGCGAAUGUUUGCAAAACCGCUACCUGAGGGACUUCCCAUCGUGGUACCGUCUUUGAUGUUUUAUUAUUUUGACCGGGGGGGGGGGGGGGCGGUGCUGGACAUCAGGACUCAGUCUGUAUCUUAUACAAAAGAUUAUUGGCUGCAUAGAGCUGAACAAAUAAAGUGGAACCUUCUAGAAAAAAAUGCGAAAUAUGAAUUAACCUGCAGGACCUAAUUGCACAGUUGUUUCAGAUAUGUUGCCCAUAGCCAUGUCUGUGUGUUCUUGUUAUAUUUUUAAUUAAAAGCAAGCCUGAAACAGUUGGAAUUGGGACCACAACAUGGGGAGAAGGGGAAAUCGAACCCUCCUUUGCCUACUGUAAGAGCCUGGAAAAAUCAGGAGGUGGUGCAAUAUAUAGCCAUCAUUUAAAAAAAAACCCCUGCUGUGCUUGUUAAUGGUUUUUAAAUUAUUGCUGUUUGAUGAUGGGAAAAUAAAUAGGGGGGAAAUAAAACUUUGGAUCCUCAUGGUUUGUGGUUCAAGGUUCAGCUUACUCCAUUAUUUUAGAUGCUGUUGACUGCAAAUCCCAGCAUUCCUUAUCACCCCAUGAUUUUAAUUUUUGGUGUCUUCUUUGCACGACUCUUACCAUUUUAGUAGUAAACUACUGUAGUUUAGGAUGAUGUGGCUCCUGGAGUUUGUAAGUGUUAAUGCACUCACCUUAACUACGGCACUAAAACUCUCUUGCAGAGAAUUCUAAGCACCUUAUCUAACGAGAAAUCCCAGGAUUCUGUAAAGUUAUGUUUCCUGUCCUCCUCCUCUCCCAAUUUCUCCUCACUCUGGUAUAUACCCUGCAAUAUCACAGAGGUAAAAACAGAGAACCAGUGGCUUGGCAACAUCAGAGUGUGGUCAAGAUGGUAAGAUAUUCAUAAAGAAUUAAUGAGCUAGGAGACUCUACGGCAGUUUGCUUCUGGAAAGGGCAAAACUCUUCAUCUUCCUCUCCUGCUCUGAGUUAAUCUAGUCCACACUAUGUUCGUCCUUUGAAUUCAGUGUGCAGCAUUUGAAAGCACAGAGGGAUAACGCAGCAAGAGGAGACAGAAACCAGGACAUUUGAAAAGCAGGUGUAAAAAUGGGACAAGUAAAGUAAAGAUAAAGGUUUCCGCUUGACAUUAAGUCUAGUCGAGUCUGACUCUGGGGGGUGGUACUCGUUUCCAUUCCUAAGCCAAAGAGACGGUGUUGUCCGUAGAUGUCUCCUAGGUCAUGUGGCUGGCAUGACUGCAUGGAGCACCGUUACCUUCCUGCCGAAGCGGUACUUAUUGAUCUAUUCACAUUUGCAUGUUUUUGAACUGCUAGGUUGGCAGAAGCUGAGGCUUACAAUGGGAGCUCACCCCACUCUGUGGAUUCAAACUGCUGACCUUUUGGUCAGCAAGUUCAGCCACUCAGCGGUUUAACCUGCUGCACCACGAUGGCCCCAACUGCAGACAGCAGAGGAUUAACUGUGACUGUUUCUACCAAAGUGGGAAAAUUGGAAGGAUAUGUUUGCGCACUGGGAAAACCUGAGUGGAUUACUUACUAUCAGGGUGCCUAUCGAAAUUAGUCUGAAGCCACAAAAAACUACAACAAGAGGCACUUGCACCCUGAAGGCCAUCUAUUGAAUGAGCCCCCCCCCCCCCCCAACACACACACACCAAUGAAGACUGACAGAGUAUGUGGGAAGGGGAGUAAUUUAAAAAUAAAUUGAUAAUUCAAACUAGUAAUCUUGCUAAACUAUAGAAUGAUGUGUGUCAGGGACCCCAGAAUAAUUAUAUACAUGCAUAUGCAUAUAUAUAUUUAUGACAUAUAAUUAUAUUUAAUAAAGGAUGGAAUCUGUUAUACAGACAGUAUAUUAUUAGAUUGCCUGGCAGUCUCAACUACCUUUAAUUCUUGUAACAAAGCAGUUUACAAAGGGAACUCAAUGAAAGGCUGCCUGCUGGUAGGCUGGGUGUGUUUGAACUCAGCUCCAUAGGCAACCGCACUGAUUACUCUCCUGUUUCUUGUUGCUUCUGCUUACUAGCCAGGCCCUUGCUAUGGAUUCAGUGGGGCCAGGUGCUGCCUCCCCACAAGUACACUUCAUUCAGCAACCAAUUCCUCAACAACCUGAGGUGACAAUUCUCCAGCAAAUGCCCUGGGUACCAUCGGCUUUUCCUCCACCUAACAGAAAAGAGCAAAUCAGAGAAGAUUUGAUGGAGCUGAUGAUGAUACAAAAUGCCCAAAUGUACCAGGUGAUAAUGAAUAACAUAGCCAUCUCAGCAGUGGAACAUUUUGGACCCAACCCAGUACAGGCACCCAAUUUCCUUUGGCAAAUAGAAGAUAAUGAAGAGAGUGACCCCGCACCACGUAUAUUUCACCAUCAUUACACCCGUUAUCCAGGCACCCUUCCAUUCAUGGCAUGGCCACCCACAUUUCAGCGAUCAGCUCGGCAACAGCAAUAUCCAACCAUUCGACAUGUGGGCUCAGACUUCCAGACACUUGGGAGACAAGACGGUCCCAUUGUUCCUCCACCACCACCACCAAGUGCAACUGGAACUGUGUCAGCUAACAUACCACCAGCUUCAGAAUACUAUGACUUCAGUGAGGGACAAAGGUGAAGAUCAUAAUUUCCCCUGUUGUCCUAACAUUGACAAAACAUGGUAUAGAUCUCAUAACUUCACCUAGCCCCUGGAACAUCUUCAGCACCAAAGGUUGACCAAGUGGACUUGAAGCACGACAUGGAUAAUUUGGUGGUGUACUGCUCCCAGAUGUAAAUCAAGCACUUCAGCAGCAGGCUGCCUCUGUGUACAUUCAUAUUAUGAAAAUUAACAAUGUACAGAACUUUAAAAUGCAGCUAAUCACCUGCAAAUUGUUUCCUGUACCCCCCAGAUAACACUGUUUCUAAAUGACUGGAUGGUAUAACGAACUGGUUGCUCUUGUCUUCUGUUUCUGAUAAUUACCGGAACCAUAACAGUGACAACAAGUGUAGCCAAAUUUGCCAUUUGUUUAUUCUGCUGUUAUGAAUCACAUUGGCCAGAUUUGCAUAUAACAGUAUGUGGUUGUGGUUUGUUGAAUUCUGGCUUUUUAUCGGUGUUCAGACCUACCCACAAACUAACUGGUUUGUUUUUCAACUCAACUACAAUUAGAAACCACAUUUUAUUGUUGGCCUGUGAUCUCCAGUGAGUUUAAAUUAUGCCUAGUCAUGUCUGAAAUCAGAACUAUGACUUUUCCCUAGCUUGUUCCUACAGAUGUUGUUGUUGUUUAUUCGUUCAGUCGCUUCUGACUCUUCAUAACCUUAUGGACCAGAGCUCCUUGUCAGUUGUCGCCACCCCCAGCUCCUUCAAGGUCUAUCCAGUAUGGACCGGUUUGAUCUUCUUGCGGUCCAAGUCACUCUCAGAAUUUUCCUUCAACACCACAGUUCAAAAGUGUCUAUCUUCCUUCACUCAGCCUUCCUUAUGGUCCAGCUCCCAUAGGUGCUUACAGAUAGCCAACCCAAAAGCUGGGGUAGAAAAGCAAAAUGUGGAAACUGGUUUGGUUGGCUGUCUCUGGCAGUGUUUCACUCUGAUGCAGGGGGCUGGCAUUAUUUCCCCAGUGUACUGGGGGACACCAGUAUAUUUGUGUCCAUUUUGUACAGUUGUUUCUUUCUUACAGAUAAAACAGAUAAAAGCAAAGCCACCAGCAAGGUUUAAAACCUAAAAACCUUGGUAAAUAAAAAGUAUUUUGCCUUGCACCUUAAUGAAAGCACCAGGGAGGCCUCUUUGGGAAGGGCAUUCCAAAGAGAGCAUCACAACCAAAGAAGCCCUUCCUAUUUUCAUCCACUUCUACUGUAUGUGAAAUGGGCUCCUUCAUCCAUCACAUUCCAUCACUGCGCACCCAGGGGUGGACACAGCUGCCGGAGCUCCAUCCCCCCCUGGAACGUCCCUCCAAGAUCAUUGGGAUCCUCAGGGCUUCCCUGUCCAGCAGGGCGGGGCUCAGAGAAGAAGCCGGCUUGGUUCUGCCUCCCAGUCAAUCAGAGACAAAGUGAGUGGCGACCAGCUUGUCGGAACCAGCCAGUCAGGGAAGAGGGAGGGAAAUUUUGAACUGGACCAUAGUAGUGAAUGAAAAUUUACGUUUAUAAAAAUGUCUGUUUUACAAGCUGCUAUACACUUUGUACUUUGGAGUAUCCAUGCUGUAGAAGUGUCCUUUUUGGUGAAAUCAGAUAAAGUCUCUGUUGUUUGCCUUCA